AUGGCUGACCGGGAUGCGUGGGUGUUGUCCAAUCGCGUGCAUGGCGCGCAGUUCGACGACCAGGUAUGGGAGCAAUUCGAGGACUACGACGAACUCGCCGCGCCGCACGCUGACCGGGACGCCGCGGGUGUCGUUGACGCCAGCUGCGACGCGGUGCACGCUGCGAGACUGCGACAGGUCGAGGUUGCAGAAACUGACGGCGGCCGCAAGGACCUGUUGCCUGGCCGCUUGGUUGACGGUCCGCGAGAGGCGCGCGAGUUGGCAGGCUGCGAGGGAGCACAAGGGGACGCGCGUCGCGUGAACGGGUGGGGGGAGCAGCAGGAGGAUGGGGGCGGGAAUGGCGCUGGGGAUGGCGUUGGCGUGGGCAAGCACAGUCCUCAUGCGCGCGCGGACCAUAGCGCCGCUUGCGCCUUCCCGCGCGCCGAGCUACCAAGCUCCCCGGACAGGCAAGGCGGGGCGGACGGCAUGGCAAGUGAGCCGUGGGGUCACGAGCAGGCGAGCCACGUGGAUGAGCUGAUGAGGUGGGUCAGCUCUGACACGGCAUUGAUGCGUUGUGCUCCCGAUGUCAGACUUGCUUGCCGGAAUAUCCGUUCUCCGGUUCGCAUGUCCCACCUGACCUUACCCUCUUGUCUGCCUCGCGCUACCCGCAGUUCCGCCUAUGCCACGGACGCGCUUUCUUUUCCCUCCGGGGACUUUCUUCCUCUCCCCUCCGCGGACCCUCCCUCCCCCUCCUCCGCGGACGCUCUCCCCCAUCUCACGCGCGCCGACCUGCACUCGUGGUGGGGCCCCGCCUCCGAUCCCUCCGUGCCGCUGCCGCCCGCGCCCGCGCUCCUCGAUGCCGCCUGCGCCUUCCCCUCCGCCGGCGCCGCCGACGAGCGUUGCCGCGAGGAGGAGCGGCGCGCGGCGCAGGUGUGGGCGGUGGAGGAGCUGGAGGCGGAACACGAGGAGGGGGGCGACCACGCGGGAUGGGGGGACGGCGCGGAGGGCGAUGGAGGGGCGAAGGCGGAUGGCGCUGUUGCGUCGGACGCGGACAGCAAGGGAGCCGCGAGAGCAGGGCUUGCGAGCAAUGGUGGUGCUGCUGCUGCUGCGUGUGUGGCACAGGUGCGUGCAAUUCGUGCUUCCAUGCUGCGAGUGUCGCGCAUGCCAUCAUCACAAUAUCUUGCUGCCUCGCAUGCUAGCACAGCGCACACCACGCCACGCACGGCAGGAUGGCGGCUGCUGGGGGGGGGCGCUCUCUGGAACUGCGCCCUGCGCACGGCAGCGGCGGACAGCGCGCCGUCGAGGGAGGGUGGCUCCAGCGCCGCGCGUGCUGCGAGCGUGAGCAGCAGCGGGGCGGCAGCUGAGGCUGGCGCACCCGGCAGCUCCAGCCCCGGUGGCUCCUCGCGCUGCCUCUCGCAGGCGAGGCGGAGAGCAGCGACGCGCAGGAGGAGGGAGGGCGAGCAGCGCACCACGGCGUCCAGAAAGCUGCCCUUGGGACAGCACGCCGUGCCCUUCCCCUCGCUGCCGCAACACUUCCCCAACUACUGCCCGCCCUUCUUCGCCCCCCACAUGUCCGCUGCGCCGCUCUUGCCUCUCGCCUCAAGCCAGCCCGCCAGUGCCCGCCCUGCCUCCGCCGCGCCCACUCCCUCGCCCGCGCCUUACCUCUACUCUCGCCCGCCCUCGCACGCCCUCCCCAUCCCUCCCUGCCCUGCGCCCACGCAUCUCUUCCGCUACUUCCCUCCCGCCCACCUGCCCCGCCUCCCCCACUUCCCCAACUACCCGCUCACCUCGCAGCCGCUGCUGCCCGCCUUCCCUUCCCGCCUCCUGCCUCCCGCGCACCCCUGCCCGCCGCCUCAGCGCCCCCCAGUGCGCGCCACGCCGGACGGCAGGACGGCAGGGACGGGCAGCACGAUGGCAGUGAGGCAGGCGAGGGCAGCGGUGGAGCAGCAGAAGCAGCAGCAGGCGCUGGGGCACGCCAUGUUCGCCCUCCACCAGCAGCACCCCGCGCUGCGCCACCAGCAGCAGCAGCAGCACGGCGCUCAGGCGCACGCAGAGCAGAGCACCGGGAGCGUGGGGGCGGAGCCAAAGGCGGAGUGUGGGUCUGUUGGGACGGGUAGGGGGGAGCGGGCAGGGACGAGCGCGGCAGCGAGUGGCGCGUGGCAGCAACAGGCGGGGGGAGCGUGGCAGCAGCAAGGAGGGGGGGCGUGCAGUGACUCGCAGUGUUCCGCGCUGCUUGCGUCCUCCUCUUCCUCCAGGCCGCCUGCCGCCUCCCCCUCGCUCUCCCUCUCCCCCGCCCCCACCCGUCGCCCCCCCGCCACAGCCCGUGCCCCCACCGCCCCUCCGCCCACUGCGGGGCAAGCGGGGAGGGACAAAGCCGUGCCGCACGCGCCCCUCCUCGCUGCCUCCGCGCCACGCCCUUGUACCCCCCGCUCCCCCUCCGUCCUUCCCACUGGCUCCUCCGCUCCCCCCUCGCUCUCCCCCUCGUCGUCCUCCCACCCCCCCCCAUCGUCCCCAUCCCCUCUCAAGCCUCCCAUGCCGGGAGUGUGGGUGCUUCCGCACCUGCCCCCACCCAGCCCACUGGCGCACACUGACAGCGCGGCGGGCGGGGGGAAGGGGGAAAGCGAGGGGAAGGUCGGGGCAGGGCAGGCGGGCAGAAUAGGUUUGCCAGCUCCUGCUGACGAUGGUGGGUCUGUGGACGGUGCUGACAUGGCUGUGGGCGGUGCUGACAUGGCUGUUGGCGGUGCUGACAUGGCUGUUGGCGGUCCUGACAUGGCUGUUGGUGGUGCUGAUGAGGCUGUAGGCAGUGCUGACGCAGCAGAGGGGCGAUCACUGGCAAGCCCGGGGAAGGAGGAAAUUUUGGAGGCUAAGGAGCGGAGUGGGGCGCGUGUGCUGCUGCAGGGGGGGGGGGGUGCGAGUGGCAUGGGGCAUGGGGCGCAGGGGGGUGAGGGGGCAGGCGAGGGCAUGGAAGCGGCCAUUCUGCACGAGCUGGAGAGCACUGUGGCCAAGCUGGCGGCGAGCAGCCGGCGGUUCAUCCACGAGGCGCUGCUGCGGCUGGCACAGAGCGCCAAGGGGCGCAGCACGGGGGGGGCAGGCGCCCCUGGCACCCACUGCAGCAGCGCCACUGGGGGCUUGAGGCCGUCCGCUGGGGGCGAUGCAGGGUGGGGCGAGCAGGCAGUGACAGCGACUGAGACAGAGACAGGGGGAGAGACAGGAGGAGGGACAGGAGUGGGGGCGGGGACAGGAUCGUCGGGGAUGAGUAGUGACGAGGGGCGGAGUCAGUCGGAGCCAGGGAGAGGUGGUGCUGGUACAGCGGGCGCAUCGGCAUCAGAGGUGGCAGGGGAGGGGCGUGGGGAGGAGAGUGGGACGAACCGCAUCGACCGUGCCAUCGCCAACCUGCUCUUCCGCUCGCCCCUCCUCUUCGGCCCCUCCCGCCCCCCCGCCUCUGCUGCCCUGCCGCUGCCUGCUGCACCUGCAGCGCCCCCUGGGCAUGGCGCCCCACACCACUACCCCCUGCCUGCUGCUGUCUCCCCCGUGCCGCAUGUGAGCCCCCUGCAUGCCCUGCCCUCUGCCUCCAGCCUCGCCCCCACUGCCUGCCCGCCCACCCCCCAUGCUGCUGCUGCUGCCACGUCCUCCUCCUCUGCCUCCUCCACCGCCUCUGCUGCAGCCGCUGCCACCGCUGCUUCAGUGCACAGCACACCCCACGGGUCAGCACCACCUGGUGUGCUGCCUGUGCCCAUGCCCAUGCCCAUGCCCAUGCCCAUGCAUGCAGCCCCACGAGCCCACCCAUCUGCCCCUGCCACUGCACCACUGCAUCUCGCUUCCACUCCUCUGCACAACUCUGUUGCGCCGCUCUCAGCAGGGCCACAGCAGCAGCGCUCCACCAGCCCAUAUCUGCAGCACCAUGCACCCACCGCUGCUGCCCCUCCAUUCCUGCGCCACCCGGUGCCGCCUGUGACCCGGCCACCACACAUGCACCCGUGGGUGGCAUGGCAUGCACCCCCGUGGGGCACUGCACUGCCAGCCGUCCCUUCCACCCCCUCAGCUGCUGCCGCCCUUAUUUCCGAGUCGCAACACGCGGUUGACUCGCUCGCCGCGGAUCACAUGAUUGCCACGUCAUCAUCGAGUCAAUUCUUCCUCGCCUCGCUGCCCGACCUGUCAACCGUUCUCAACCUCUUCCCCAAUUUCGACUUCGAAUCAGCAGUUGACACGUGGCAGGACGUUGCGUUCGCUCUCCAAGACAACGUGGACGAGUUUCUCUACCUCGCAAGCCACCUGGCGGAGUCGCACGACCUUGCUGCCUUGUCGCCCGCGACUCUCGCGAUCAUCUACGUCGCAGGGCUGCUAACGAGCUUCGCGCCGUGCACGCUCAGCCUGCUGCCUCUCACCGUAGGCUUCAUUGCCGGAUUCGACUCCCCCCCGGCCGCCCCCUCGCCGCCCCAAUCCGCAUCCGCCUCUCUUUCCUCUCCCCCGCCCUGUUGCUGCUCCGCCGAGGACUCCCCCCCACCACUCCCCGACGCGCCGUCCGCGCGCGCCGCCAGCGUGCCGGUCAACUGCUUUUUCUUCACGCUCGGCCUCGCCGCCACGCGCACCGCCAUGGGCGUCGCCGCCGCGCUCGCCGGCCAGCACGCUGUGGGCGACGUGGGCGGCGCGCUGCCGGCCGCCGUGUCGCUGGUGGCCAUGCUGGCAGGGCUGCACCUGCUCGGCCUGCUGCCCGUUCGCCUGCCCGCGCCUGUGGCGGCGCGAUUCAGCCCCUCCGCGGUGAGCGGGAGGGUGCCCGUGGCGCUGCAGAUGGCGGCGGGCGGAGCGGCGUUCGCGUUCGUGGCGUCGCCGUGCUGCACGCCCGUGCUCGCCUCGCUGCUCGCCUUCGUCGCUUCCACCAGGGACGCGGUGACAGGCGGUGCACUGCUGCUGAGCUACACGAUGGGCUUCGCAACGCCGCUGCUGCUGGCAGCCUCGUGCACUGGCGCGCUCAAACAGAUCUCAGCCGUCCGUCGGUACUCGGGGUGGAUCAACCCUGCCAGUGGCGCUCUGCUGCUGGGCGGAGGGGCGUAUGUGUUUGUGGGGAAGGUCCUGCCCCAUGCUGCUGUCAUGUCAACAAUAAUGUGA